GUUUCAUAGACCGGAGAAAUCUCAAAGAGGUCGUUUUCGAAGGUUUUGCCAAGGCAAAACGCCAAGGCCCGCUGCGCGCUCCAAGCGCUUUUGGAUCGAUACAGCGCGCUUGAAUUUAGACCUUAGUAAUCCUCUUACCUGUUGAGAAUCACUUAUUUUCGGGGUUCUAGAAAAGAAUGGGAACUCGGCUAAGAAAUUUGAAAAAAGAAGUAAAAGGUCUUGGCGGGAAAGGAAAAUUGACAGGCAAACUCAUUGAUGAGCUUUCAAUGUACUACGGCUUGGCCAUCCGCAGGAAUCAAAAUUCAAUAGAAAAGAUGAGAAAUGAAAUUUGGGCAACGUUGUACCACAAGCUGUCGACAAAUGAAAAGCCACAACACGACAAGUGCCCGUCCGGUGAAAGUUCGUGGUGUUCGUGGCAAAAGGCAAAAGCCACCAAUACUUUAAAUACUUAUUCACACAAGCAAGCUCUUCCACAAACAGUUUUUAACGCCAUGAAGCCCAUCUACGAAGAGUUGAGCAGUGAUGACCUUCUUACACGGUGUUUAGGUGGCUUCACACAGAACAGCAAUGAAAGCUUCAAUGCUACGGUUUGGUCAAUAGCCCCAAAAUCAACAUCAAGUGGGAAAACUGUUCUUAAUUUUGCAGGAAUUCUUGCUGUGUGUAUCUUCAACGAUGGAAUAAGCAGUAUCAUGCAAAUUAUGGCAGUUUUAGGCAUGACCAUAGGGCUGAAUUGUUAUAUAACUUCUGCAUUGAGGCGGACGACCGUCGCAUCGAGUUAUCUGACCGAUCGUUGACUGAAGCUGCAAGAACAUCUCGGCUUGCUUUAAAAUCAGACAGGAAGAAUGAAGAAGAGAAAAAUAUCAAUUUGGAAGGCCAAUUAUAUGGUGCAGGCAUUGCAGAUUAAAGGUUGAAAUCUGCGAGAGCAAACGUUUCGCCCGUUUAAGGCCUCGCAUGAAAGAUGCCUUGCAAUCUUGGGUUCUGAAGCCGCCAUUUUAAAAUAAAAACAAAU